AUGCUUGAAAGAGCAAUAUUGCUCAAACCAUAUUUGACAACAUAUACCAAUCAUUUACAAAAUACCAAUCAAGAAAAUUAUAUUAGUGCCUUGGCCUGGAAUAAUAUAGAAAUAUACAGAGAAUUUCUGGAACCAUUUAAUUUUGGUACAGAGAUGGCCUCAUGUGCUAAUACUCCAACAAUUAUUCCUUUAUAUUCCACGGAACUUACAAAUGAAGCACAAAAUAACAAAAAAUUAUCCUUUUAUGACAAAAUUUAUCAGGUGAAACCUCAUAAUAAUAACAAUUUAGAAAUAAGUAAAUACGUAGAUGAAGCCACAAUUUCCAUUGAUACAAAUCCAUUAGAUUGGUGGAAAUUAAAUAAAAAUAGAUAUCCAGUAUUAUCAAAAAUUGCCAGAGAUUAUCUAGCAAUUCCGGCCACCUCACCUAGCUCUGAAAGGACUUUUUCAGAAGGACGGUAUGUUAUAACAGACCAACGUUGUUCACUAGAUGAGCAUACUAUACAAGCUUGCCUGUGCCUAAAAAGUUGGAUGUGUAUGCAAGAUUCUUCUUAA